CCGUGUGCGAAUGUUUUGAUCAUUUUAUUCAUCACUUUAAAAAAGCGGAUGAUUAAUGCAAUCUAUUUUUUCAAAUAUCGGUAGCAUGUGAGGACAGACUAAAUCGAAAUUUCAUCGCGUUCGAGUGUGGUUUAUUCUUUUGUUUAGUAGUCAAUACAUAUAUUUAUAUAUUAAGAUGGAUACAGGUGAAUUUCUCAACAUUAGCGAGAUUGAAACUACGACAGCCAUCAUUGCAAAGAACAUAACAAAUUCCGUCACCUCCAAUAAAUUUGUAGACCCACUGUUCAACAAAUACGCCAUUAUUGGUGCCCUGCUUCUAUUUACUAGCCUACUUUUGGUAUCAGUGCUCUACUAUUAUACUAAAACCUAUAACUCAUGUUGCCGUGAUGAACAUGUCAGUCACUUGUACAGCAUGGCCAAAGAUGACGCCAGUUCUCUUAUGGACGAUGAAGAUGCAUCAAGUGAACCAUUUACUUCUUGUCAAUUGUAUGUGGACGAUCAUGAGGUGAAUACAGCCAGUAGUUUUGAGUAUGACUGUAGGUCAAUUGAUAUGAGCUCCACAGAAGAAGAACGUACUUUGCUUAUAAACCAAAAUCAAAGGAGGUACGAAGCCUUCCAUUGUCCUGAUCCAUGCGUCAUCCAUACUUUGUCCUGAGUGUUCUGUGGAACAAAUAAUUUACACAACUAAUGUUAUAACUUUUAGAUUAUGAAAACCAUGAUGAUAUUUAUCCAUCUGUAUAAUGCAUUCAUUUCAUUUAUAAAUAAUUUCUCGUGGACCAGUAUUGAUCAUCCUCAGACCCAGAUAAUAUUUUCAUUCCUUCUUGAAAACUUAAAAACUAAAAAUAUAUCCAAAAAAAAAUUGUGAAGUCUUAAAAACUUUUAAUCCUGUCGAAACUAUUGAAUGCCUUCAUUAUAAGAACUUUCUUAGUUAUAUAUAUUUCUUCAAGAGAGUUUUAGUAACAGUAUGAAUAUUCUAAAGCAUUAAUUGAAUGCUGAUGCAAAUACGCCAUCAACAGGAUUUCAGGAGUUACUUGGACAAUUUCUUCUGGGUAAAUUAUAAAUCAGUAUAAGCAAAUGUGAACUUAAGUGGAAGAAAAUACAUUCAUUUCAAAAUGCUUGAACUCAGCGAUUUGUUUUAAGCGUGAAGCUUUUAAAAUCUUUUCUGUUUGUAAAGCUUUCUUCAAUCUUGAAUAGUGAAUUGCUACUUAACAUGCUGAAUUUCCUGUUUUCUGCUAUGCCUUUUAUUUGUUAAAAGAUACUGAAUAAUUCAAUUUCACAUGCAGAUAACCUAUAUUUCUAAGUAUAUCUGGAUGUAGAUGAUGUUACUGCCAAGUAAAAAGUCAUGUAUGAUUUUUAUUGUUUUCCAACAAGCAGAUUCAAAUGCUAUCUUUAAUUUUGAUAGUGUCAUCAAGGAUACUGCCUAUGUAGUUUAUAUAUAUAUAUUGCUCAAUAUUCUUUUUGUUUAUUUAUUGCAUUCUACAUCCUCAGAUUGUUGUAGUUGAUCUGGGUAACAUUUUGUAGUAGCAUUAAUCUUUUAUUUCGUCAUAUAUUUUCAUCUCGCUUUUUUGCUAUUACAUAGUAUUUAUUUUCCUGUAUAUACUUAAACACUGCACAGUAAUGGUAUACCAAUUGUUAAUGAUUUUUACUUUCUUUUUGUAUUAAUAAAACUGUAAAUAUUGUU